UAAAUGAGAAUUUAAGAUCUGCAUCCCACUGUUCUCUUGCUCCAUCAGGGAUUCUCUGUUAUGUUCCCUGUCAGGGUAAUGAUCAGUGGUAGCCAGGCACCAUCUAGUUCUUCGGGCCUCAGGAUGAUGCAGUCUCUGGUUUAUGUGGCCCUGUCUGUCUCUUUGGGCUCAUAUUUACCUCGUGUCUUUGGUGUUCUUCAUUCUCCUUUGCUCCAAGUAGGUUGAGACCAAUUUAUGUAUCUUAGAUGGCUGCUUGCUAGCAUUUAAGACCCCAGAUGCCUCUCACCAAAGUGGAAUGCAGACCGUUUCCUUAAUACAUUUUGUUAUGCCAAUUGAACUAGAUAUCCCCUGAAACCAUUGUCCUCAGACCCCUGUCCCUGCUACUCUGGCCUUAGAAGCUUGUGGCUGUACUGAGGAAAUGUUUUUCUUUUGGUUUAGUCCAGUUGUACUGACUAUCCCUGUGGUAUGUGUUGCCCUUCCCUCCCCCUAAAAUUUUUUUUGUCUACUGUCUAGUUAGCGCAUAUUCCUCUCCCUCUCUUCCCACCCUCGUAACCAUCAAAGGAUAUUUUCUUCUGUGUUUAAACUUUAUCUGGAGUUCUUAUAAUAGUGGUCUCAUACAAUAUUUGUCCUUUUGCAAUUGACUAAUUUCACUCAGCAUAAAGGCUUCCAGAUUCCUCCAUGUUAUGACAUGUUUCACAGAUUCAUUGUUGUUCUUAAUCAUUGCAUAGUAUUCCAUUGUGUGAAUAUACCAUAAUUUAUUUAUCUAUUCAUCUGUUGAUGGGCACCUUGGUUGCUUCCAACUUUUUGCUAUUGUAGGCAACAUGCAAUGAACAUAGGUGUGCAUAUAUCUGUUCAUGUGAAGGCUUUUAUUUCUUUAGGGUAUAUUCCAAGGAGUGGAAUUGCUAGGCCGUAUGGUAGUUCUAUUUCUAGCUUUUUAAGGAUGCACAAAUUGAUUUCCACAGUGGCUAUACCCUUUUACAUUCCCACCAGCAGUGUGUAAAUAUUCCAGUCCCUCCACAGCCUCUCCAACAUUUAUUAUUUUGUGUUUUUUGGAUUAAUGCCAGCCUUAUUGGGGUGAGAUGGAAUCUCAUUGUAGUUUUGAUUUGCAUUUCUCUAACAGUGAAUGAUCGUGAGCAUUUCCUCAUGUAUCUGUUAGCAGGCUGAAUAUUUUCUUUAGUCAAGUGCCUGAUCAUAUCCUUUGCACAUUUUUUAAUUGGAUUGUCUUUUUGUUGUUGAGUUUCUGCAGUAUUAAAUAGAUUUUAGAGAUCAGAUGCUGAUGGGAUUUGUCAUAGCCAAAAACUUCUUCCCAGUUUGUAGGUAAUCUUUUUACUCUUUGAUGAAGUCUUUUGAUGAACAUAAGUGUUUGAUUUUUAGGAGCUCCUGGUUAUCUAGGUUCCCUUCUGGUGUUUGUGCAUUGUUAGUAAUGUUUCGUAUCCUGUUUAUGCCAUGUAUUAGGGCUCCUAGUGUUGUCCCUAUUUUUUCUUCCUUGAUCUUUAUCAUUUUAGAUUUUAUAUUUAGGUCUUUGAUCUAUUUUGAGUUAGUUUUUGUACAUGGUGUGAGGUAUGGGUCUUGUUUCAUUUUUUUUGCAGAUAGAUAUCCAGUUACGCCAGCACUAUUUGUUAAAGAGACUGUCUUUUCACCCAUUUAACUGACUUUAGGCCUUUGUCAAAUAUCACCUGCUCAGAUCUGGAUGGCUUUGUCUGGAUUCUCAAUUCUGUUCUAUUGGUCUAUGUAUCUGUUGUUGUACCAUUACCAGGCUGUUUUGACUACUGUGGCAGUAUAAUAUGUUCUAAAAUUAGGUGGUGUGAGGCCUCCCUCUUUGUUCUUCUUUUUCAGUAAUGCUUUACUUACCCGGGGCCUCUUCCCCUUCUAUAUGAAGUUGGUGAUUUGUUUUUCUAUCUCGUUAAAAAUUGUCACUGGCAUUUGGAUCAGGAUUGCAUUGUAUCUGUAGAUCGCUUUGAGUAGAAUAGGCAUUUUAGAAUGUUGGGUCUUCCUAUCCACAAGCAAGGUAUUUUUUCCACUUAUGUAGGUCUCUUUUGUUUUCUUGCAGUACUGUCUUAUAGUUUUCUUUGUAUAGGUCUUUUACAUCUCUAGUUAGAUUUAUUCCUAAGUGUUUUAUCUUCUUAGGGACUACCUUAAAUGGUAUUGACAUGGUGAUUUCCUCUCCGGCAUUCUCUUUGUUGGUGUUGAGGAAUACCACUGAUUCAUGUAUGUUUAUCUUGUAUCCUGAUAGACUGCUAAACUCUUCUAUUAGUUUUAGUAGUUUUCAUGGGGAUUCUUUAGAUUUUUCUCUGUAAGAUUAUGUCAUCUGCAAACAGAGAUACCUUUACUUCCUCUUUGCCAGUUUGGGUGCCUUUUAUUUCAUUAUCUAGCCUAAUAGCUCUGGCUAGGACCUCCAGCACAAUAAGAGUGGUGAUAAAGGACACCCUUGUCUGGUUCCUGUUCUCAAGGGGAAUGCUUUCAGUCUCUCUCUGUUUAGGAUGAAGUUUGCAGAUAACAAAUAUUUUUAAUAAUUUUGUGAUAAAUAGAGCAUUUAAUUGUUUCACCUGACUUAUUUAUAAGGGGUUAAAAACUGGUUUAAAAUAUAAACAGGCUUAAAACUAUCCCACCUUCUGGUUAAAAUAAUAAUAACAAAAACUCUAUAGAUAAAUGAAUAGAAUAGAAUUCAAUACUGUUGAAUUUCCCAGGUCUCAAAGGCUAGAUAAACUAUUAUGGAAAAGAACAAAUGGAGUUUUUACUUCUCUAGAAAUUAUAGUAUCUAAUCCAAUAUCAGUGAUCCUCUUGAUAAAUUUGUAUUUGCUCACCACAUUUUUAAUUAACUUAGGUGACUGUGCUGUUGGCAGCAUAGGCAUUCUACAGAAGCCACCAGCAACAAGUGCUCAUUUAUGCUUUAGAAAUGUUCUGUAAAAUCUUACUCAGGUUAUUUUUUCUUAUGCUCUCUAUGUCACUUCUUUAUUCUCAAGGGCAACAGAUUAUUCCCUCCUAUGUCUGUUUUCUCCUCCCCUGACCAGUUCCUUUUCCUCAUUACAAGUAGAGAUAGGUCUCUUUCACACACUGCUAUGUCCUCAAAAAGUACUUGUUAUUAGUUUUGUAUUGAUACCUAUUUCUUUUUUGACCUUUUAGAUUUGUGCACAGUGACAAGAGUUUCUGAUAUUUUAACUGCAAUUUAGAUUCUGCUUCUGACCAAGAUGAAGCAACAUGUGAAACAACUAAAAAAAAAAAAAAAAAAAGACUAUAUAUAGUAGGUAAUACAAAAAAACCAAAUGUACUGCCGUUGAGUCGAUUCCGACUCAGCAAUCCUAUAUGACAAAGUAGAACUUCCCCAUAGAGGUUCCAAGGAACACAUGGCAGAUUUGAGCUGCUGACCUCUUGGUUAACAGCCAUAGCACUUAACCACUUCGCCACCAGGGUUUCCAAUAGGUAAUAAGUAUUAUGUAAUAAUAUAACAUAUAUAACAUAUACACCUUUGUCUCACUUAUUGAAUACUUCAUUAUCCAACAUUUCACAUUUACGACAAUAGUGAAAAAUCUAUUAUCUUACUAUUUUGUGCAUUAACAAUGUACAUCUGGCAGUAACAAACACUGAGGUGCAAGGUGAAAGUAAUGCUGGCUGUGAUGGUUAACGUUACAUGUCAGCUUGCACUGGGCCAUGAGCCUCUGUGGUUUGGCAGUUAAGUAAUGAUGCAAUCUGCCAGUUAUUAUUAAUGAUGUAAAAUGGCAGCUAUGUAACAAUGUAAUCUGGCAGUGAUCUGAUGUGGUCACCUUCCGUUUUCACGUAUUGCCAAUUUCACAUAAUGACCCAGUCUUUGGAACCUAACUAUGUCAAAAAGUGGGGAGGGCGUACAUGCAUAUAUAUACAAAAAUAGCUUUCAAGAAUACUGGACCUCAGGCAGUGAAUGAUAAUGAUCUCUGAGACUCUGAGAUAAAAAUAAAGUGUUCCUUACUAGUGAUCACCAACUUACUGACUUGAAAAAGUUUCCAGGUUAUAGUACGGGGUUUGGAAGCCCAUACAGAACCCAUCUCAGCAGUCUCCAGGGGUUGAGAGGACUUAAUCUAGAGAAUGGGUAAGCCAAGUGUGGUAGAGUUGACAGGGCAGAGUAUUGGAAAGCAGAGAGCUGUUUUUAAUAUUCAUAUUUAUUAAUAAUAUCCCUGAUGCAUCUCUUCAUGUGCUUAUUACUCAUUUAUAUAUGUUUUUUGGUGAAAUAUCUAAUUGCACACUUUAUCAUUUAUUUAAUUAUGUUCCUUGUCUUCUUAUUAUCUUAUUGUUGAGUUGUAAAUGUUUUUUAUAUAAUCUGAAUAUAAGUCUCCCACUAAGAAUAAAAUUUGCAAAUAUUUUUUCCCAACCUGUGGUUUGUACUAACUGGCAUUUAUGAAAUACUUCACCCAACAUCUGCAGAGUUCACAUUCCUUUCAAAUGCACACAGAACACCUACCAAGAUAGAUUAUACUCUGGGCCAUAAGGCAGGAGAAGUCUUAAUAGAUGUAAAAUUAUUCAAGUAAUAAAAAAUAUUGUUUGAUCACAAUGGAAAUAAACUAGAAAUCAAUAACUGAAAUCUACCUAUGAAAUUAUCAAGUAUUUGGAAACUAAAUAACACACUUCUAAAUACUUCAUGGGUCAAAGAAGAAAGCAAAAACAAAAAAAUAUACAAAGAAUUUGGAAUGAAUGAAAGUGCAACAUACACAAAUUUGCAAUCAAUAACAAGAAAACAACUCAAAAAGUCAGAAUAUUUGAAUAGACACUUCACCAAGCAGAUGUAUGAAAGGCAAAUAAGCACAUGAAAAGAUGCUUAUUAUCAUUGGUUAUUUGGGGGAUGAAAAUUACAACCACAAUGAGAUGCUAGCACACAAGUAUUAGAAUGCUUGAACUUAAAAAGACUGAUCACACUAAGUGUUGACAAGAAUGUGUAGCUAUCGGGACUUUCACACGCUGUUGAUGGGAAUGGAAAAUAGUAUAACCACUUUGGAAAACAACUUUAUUUAUAGAUUCAAACAAAUCCCACCAAGCUAUUUCGUAGGUAUGACAAAGUGAUUCUAAGUCUAUAUGGAAAGGCAAAAAAAUGGUCAACAAAAUGUUGAAGAACAAAGUUGAAGGACUCACACUUCCUAAUUUCAGGACUUACAAUCAAGACGGUUUAGUAUUGGUAAAACAACAGACACAUAGGUCAGUGGAGCAGAACAGAAGUCCCAGAAAUAGACCCAUGUUAUUAUAGCCAACUGAUUUUUGACAAAGGCAAUUUAAUAGAGAAAGGAUAUUAUUGUUAAAGAAAUGGUGCUGGAAGAAUUAGAUGUUCAUAUGCAAAAAAAAAAAAAAAAGAUGGUAGACUCACCAGAUCUUAAAACUUUCACAAAACUUAAAAGGAUCAUAGAACUAAAUGUUAACUCAAAGCUAACAAACGUCUAGAAGAAAACAUAGAAUAAACUGUACAUAACCUUGAUUCAGUGAUAGUUUUUAGAUAAAUCACCAAAAGCAUGACCCAUGAAAGAAAAGCAAACAAAAAAAGAUUGGUUGGACUUAUUUAAAUUAAAAACUCUUUUUCUGUGAAAGACACUUUUAAGAAAAUGAUAAGACAAACCACAAACUGGAAAAAAGAUUUAUGAAACACAUAUCUGAUUAAAGGCUUGUUUUUAGCCAAAAUAUACAAGAACUCUUAAAACACAACAAUGAAAACACAACCCAAUAAAAUAGUAGGCAAAAGAUCUGAAUAGACACCUCACCAAAGAAGAUAUACAGAUAGAAAAUUGCCAUAUUAAAAGAUGUUCAACAUGAUAUGCCAUUAAAGAAACACGGAUUAAAACAACAAUGAGAUAACAGUAGAUACACAGUAUAAUGCCAAACCCCCCCAAACUGACAAUACCAAUUUCUGGUAAGGAUAGGGAGCAAUAGGAACAUUGCUGGCAGGAAUGCAAAAUGGUAUAACCACUUUGGAAGACAGUUUUGCAGUUCUUACAAAGCUAAACAUAGUCUAUCAUGUGAUUCAGGAAUCACACUCCUAGGGAUUUACCCAACUGAAUGGAAAACAUAUACAUGCAAAGAAACCUGCACCUGAAUCUUUAUAGUAGUUUUAUUCAUAAUUUUACAAAACUGGAAGCAAUCAAAAAGUCCUUUAAUAGGCAAAUGGAUAACUCUGGUACAGCCAUACAAUGUAAUACCAUUCAGUGAUUUAAAAAAAAAAAAGUGAUCAAGCCAAGGGUAUGGAGAAAUCUCACAGGGAUCCUGCUAAGUGAAAGAAGCCAGUCUGAGAAGGCUCUAUAUGAUUCCAUUAACAUGACUUUCUGGAUAAGGCAAGACUAUAGACGUGGCAAGCACAUCAGUGGUUUCUAGGGUUUGGAUGUGGGAUAGGGUUGAAUAGGUGAAGCACAGGGCAUCUUUUAGAGUUGUGAAAAUGUCUUGCAUGACACCAUAAUGAUGGAUACGCGACAUUAUGUCAUUGUCAAAAUCCAUAAAACUUUAAGACAGAAAGAGUGAGCUUUAAUGUAUACAAAUUAAAAACAAUCAUUUUGGAGGCUAGGGAAUCCCAGGAUGGAAUGCAGAAUGUGGCAAAAUGAUCUAACCGUGUUACAAAUGUAUGACAUGACCUCAUUUGAAGGGGUUGAGGAAAAACUUCCUGACAUAAGCAACUUUGAAAAUGGAACCUGUAAGACUAAACACUAGAUGGACUUUACAUAAACACUGCACUCUAGUAGAUAAAGUAGUUUCCCACAUAGAAUGGGUUAUAUAAUUAUGAAACCACUAUAAAUGUGUACUGGAAUUAAACAAUGAAGUAAAUGGAUAGUGAAUGAUACCUGCCACCUUUCUCACUGUUGGAGUAAGAGAUUAAAGACAUGCAAGAGAAGAGACUAGAAAGAUCCAGGUAGUAAUGCAUUAGAGUUGGAGACAUUAGUAUAAAUCCAUGUUUAGCUUAAUAUCUAUACAAGCAAUUAAAUACAGAAAUAUUUAUAAAUAUGUGUGUAUUAUGCAUGGGUUAGUAUAAAAAAAAUACACACAUAUAUUUCCUUACUCUGUCAUCUGAGAAAGCCUAGAAGCAAAGACACCCAUGUAGCAAUGCUCACACUUAGCUCCAAGAUCUUGGUUUCAAGUACCUUUCUCCACAAUGAACCAGGGCUCUUUGGAGAAAUGGCUGAUUUAGGGACUGUGGUAGCAAAUACAUAAUAAGAGCCUGGGGCAUAUUUUUAUGCAAAAAAGUAAGGAAAUGCUAACAAAACAAAACAAAAACAAGCAAACAAAUAAAUGAACAAAAAGAAAAUACACUGUACAGGGUAGAUGUCAAAGAGGUACAGGAGUCAACUGAAAGAGCUCCCAAUGGCCAAAAUUGGAACAAUUUAAGCAACCAAUUAUAUACAGUAGCACUGGAUUAUGGGACAUGGUUCAGUGGUAGAAUUUUCCCCUUCCAUGUGGGAGACCUGGGUUCAAUUCUGGUCAAUGCACCUCAAGCCCAACCAACAUCCAUUUGCCAGGGGAUGUUUAAAUGUUGCUCUGAAACUGAAAAAGUCUUAGCAGAGCUUCCAGACAAAGAUGGGCUAGCAAGAAAGGCCUGGUAACCUACUUCUGAAAAAUCAACCAAUGAAAACCCUGUGGAUCUCAAUGGUCUGAUCUUCUUGUGUAUGGGGUUGCCAUGCGACUUGAUGGCAGUUAACAAUAACAACCACAGUAUUGUGUUAUAAUCUGAAGUAUAAAAUAAAUUUCCUUAUGCUUGUUUUUUUUUUUUCUGGUUUUUGUACUGAUAUAAAUAAUUGAAUAAAUAAAUGGGACAGUAGACAAAUCUGUGCAGAGUUACUCUGCCCUCAAGGAGGUGGAAUAUAAUACCUCACUUCUUAAAUUUUGGCUGUACAUAUUGACUUCCUUUAAAAGAGUACAUUAUGGAAGAGGGGGAAAAAUUUUACAGUAGAUAAGCCUGACAAACACUAUCUCAGCCAAGGGAUCAAGGUUAACUUCAAUAAUGAUAAAUCGUAUUAGUAGUAGGCACCCUUGAUAUGAUGUGAUAAGAAUGGAACUUUAUCUUUCUGGUAUUCUCCCAAAAACCCAUAACUCAAAUAUAAUCAUGAGAAAAACAGUAGACUAUCCCAGGUCAGGAACAGUCUACAAAAUACCUGAGUAAUACUCCUGAAAACUGCCAAGGUAAACAAAGCAAAGGAAAGUUUGAGAAACAGUCACAGCCAAGAGUAUUGGAGACAGCAAGACUAAACAUAUUAUAGUUUUCUGAGAUGGGAUCCUUGAAUAGAAAGCUGUUAUUAGGUAACAACUAAGGACAUAAAAAGUCUGAAUAAAAUACAGACUUUUUAAAACAAUAAUGUAUGAAUAUUAUUUCAUUUAUUUUGGAAAAUAUGCUAUACUAAUGUGAGAUGUUAAUAAGGGAAACCGGGUGUGUGGUAUAUGGGAACUCUGUACUAUUUUCACAGUAUUUCUGCAAAUUUAAAAGUAUUCUAAAAGAAAGGAUUUCUUAAAAAAAAAUUAAGUUCACUUCUUCAACCAUAUCCUCUGUGGUUCUACAGCUAUAGGCUUUGAUUCAACACCCCAGUUUGUAGACACUAACUUUGCUUUUUGCCUUGUGAUGUCUCUCUGUCCAUCUCAUUCAGUGAUGGUUUAUUUUGUUUAUGGGAUGGUUGGACAGAUGCAAAACACAGAGCAACUGAUGAUGCAGAAGCCCAGGAAACAUCCCUAUCGCUGCCAGCACAAGUGGACAUGCAAAGUAAGCCAUCUGAGAAGAUAUUCUUUCAGUGAUAACUGCAAUGAGGAAGUGUUUGGUAUUGAACAUGGAAGCAAAUACCGCAAUUGUACACAUAUUCCUCCCAGGAAAUUCCAGGACAAUACAAACUCCACAGUAAACCCUAAGCUAAACAUAUGUCCCAAUGACUGGCUACAGAAAAAUGGCAAAUGCUAUAAAUUUUUCAAAAACUUUGAAUCAUGGAUCAAUAGCCAAGAAUCCUGUUUAGUAAAGAAAUCACAUCUCUUGAUGAUCCAAGACAAGGCUGAACUGGAUUUCAUACAGAGUAAUAGACAAGAUGGAAUUUACUUUUGGAUUGGAUUGAACAUUGCAUACCCACCAAAGACAUGGACCUGGCUAGAUGGCAAUCCAUUAAAUCUACAGUUAUUUCAAGUCACAGGCCAGGGUGAAGAGAACGCUUGCACUCGCAUAACAAAGAAGGGCAUUUUUUUUUCUGAAAAGUGUUCAACUCCAACUUACUGGAUUUGUCAAGAAGUCAUUUCUUCAUCCACAGAGGAUAACCUCUGAGUUGAUCACUGGUAUUCUUCCCAUUACAAAAAGUUCAUAAAUAUUUUUAUUUAUAAGUUCUCUUUAUGUUUCUGCAGUGGAUACUGAUGGUGAUAAUCACGAUAAUGGUGCAGACCGGUGCCACUAUGAAUCUAGGAAACCAGCCUCAACUGAGCUGUUAGCUCUAUCUAGUCACUCACAGUGUACUUCCAUAAUUACCUCUCCUUGUUGAUAGUGACUAUUUCAGACAGAAUCUACACUUCUUUCUUCUCCAUACUUCAGUACCUACACCUUUUCUUAACCAUUAGCAGAGGAUCUUGUCUUUUACUUUAAGAAAAAGUAGAAGCCAUCAGAGGAUAAAUUCCUGAAUUUUCUACCACCAAGUCUACACUUUCUCCUGCAUCUUACUUACUGUUUUCCUUUCCUUCUAUUACAAAUAAAGGGGGUACCCCUAUCCUUUCCGAAUAAACUCUCCAAAUCUGUAAUCAGGAUUGCAUCCUUUUUAUUUUCUCAAGGAUAAUACUUUCUUGAUUAUCUCCUCUCUGAUCUGUUUCUUCCUGUGCUUCAUCUUCUAUCAGCAGUUAGCAAUGUUCGACUUGACCUCAGCUGAGACACACACACCCCCACACCCACAAAGGCUUUCCAUUGACCACAUUUAGCUUCUAGUUUCUACUCAAUUUCUUAUACACAUUUUUUUUAAGUCAAACUUCCUAAAAAUUGAAAAUUGCUUAUACUUAUUUUUUUUUUUUUACUUUCUACCUCCCAAUCCAAGUUCCUUUGAAAUCUGGCUUCUGCUUUUUCUACUUGAACUCUAAAAUGUUCUCAGCAAAGUCACCAAUGAGUUCCUUCUGGCCAAAUACAGUGGAGACUUUCUGAGUUUUAACUUGACCUGUCAGCAUGGUUCCUUAGUAUUGCCCUAUCCUUUCUUUUGGAAAUGUUCUCUUACCUUAGCAUUUCUGCAAUAUGUUCUCUUGAUCUAUGUGCCUUUCCAGCCACUUCUCCUCAGUCUUUGGUGCAGUCUCUGCUUACUUUUUGAAUCCCUCAAACACUGAUAUUCCCCAGAGUUUUGCCUGGGUUUUCUCUCAUACACAGUUCUUGGGUGACCUCAUCUGUUCCAUGCCUUCAAUUACCAUGAAUUUAUCAAUAACUUCCGAACCCAUGUUUCCAGCCCAGACCUUAUUAUAGCUGAUUGCACAUUGGGCAUGUCUAUUUGGACACCUUAAGGUCCCUCAAACUUCACAAGUUAAAUAUUAACCUCAUUAACUCAGAGAACAGCUGCAACAUGCCCACACUAGUCCAAGCCAGAGUCCUUGGUAUCAACCAUGACUUACUCCUUUUCUUCACUCUCAAUUUUCAAACACUCAUUUAUUUCCUGUCAAUUUUGCCUCGUAAGUAUUUCUGGAAUGUAUCUACAUAUCUUCAUACUGACCCUAUCACCUUGGAUUGCUAUAACAGUCUUUUUGUCUGCCUCUACUUUUGUUCCUCCAAAUCCAUUUUCUAUAUCUUGGUCAUUGUGACCCUCUAAAUCUCAAAUUGGAUAUCAUUACUCACAAUGUCAUUUCCACAGCAGUUUCCCAAUGCUUCAACCCUUUAUCCUUCCUUACCAGACCCUUGCUGUCUUGGUGCCUCUUAAUUUCUCCCCCCACCUCCAUGCUUGUACUUAUGAUGCAGCCUCAUUAAACGUUUUUCAUUUUUCUAGACAUGUCAUACUUUCUCUUGCCUCUAAUCUAUAAUAUACAAUUAUGUAUUGCUUGCCUUAGUUUAACAAACAUUCCUGCCACUCCUACUUAUCUUUAUAACUCUUACUUGUUUUUCAGGUCACCAGUUAAAUGCCGUUUUAGGGAAAAUACUCCCAUGACCAAUCUCCACUUGUCAUGGAUUGAAUUAUGUCCCCAACCCCAAAAUGUGUGUAUUAACUUGGUUAGGCCAUGAUUCCCAGUAUUCUGUGGUUGUCUUCCAUUUUGUGAUUGUAAUUUUAUGUUAAAGAGGAUUAGGGUGGGAUUGUAACACCAUCUUUACCCAGGUGACAUCCCUGAUCCAAAGUAAAGGGAGUUUCCCUGGGGUGUGGCCUGCACCACCUUUUAUCUCUCAAAAAAUAAAAGGAAAGGAAAGCAAGCAGAGUGUUGGGGACCUCAUACCAUCAAGAAAGCAGCGCCAGGAACUGAGCACAUCCUUUGGACCCAGGGUCCCUGAGCCUGAGAAGCUCCUUGACCACGGGAAGAUUGAGGGCAAAGACUUUCUCCCAGAGCUAACAGAGAAAGCCUUCAAGCUGAUGCCUUGAAUUUGGACUUUUAGCCUACUUUACUGUGAGGAAAUAAAUUUCUCUUUGUUAAAGCCAUCCACUUGUGGUAUUUCUGUUAUGGCAGCACUAGAUGACUAAGACACCACUCCAGACUAAAUUAGGUGAAUUUAUGGUGUAUUUUCAGAGCUUCCUAUUCUUACUUAUUUCUAACAUUUUGCUCAUUAUUUUUGCUUAUUGUUUGUUUAACUUGUAUUUCUGAAUGCACUGUAAUCUCUCUAAGGUCAAUAAUGUUCAUCAGCAUAUGAGACAUAAUGUCUGAUGCAUAAUUCAGGAUAAAUAAAAUUUGUUGCAUUAUUGAGUACAUUUAUAAGAUGUUUUGUGAUUUUCCCAAAGUUAGUUAUGCAGAGAUUUGUCUAAUCUGGAUAAUCUUAAUCUGCAUGUAGAGAAAUAAACCAGUGUGUGUAUGUAUGUGUAUAUACAUAUGUAUUUUUUAUUUUUUAGUAAAGGCACAAGUUUCUUUUUAGCCCAGCAAGAUUUGAAACAGAGAGAGGCUGGAUUAAUGUUUGUUGAUUAAAUGUAAAUUUUCCAAUGGUAAAUUUAUUUGUAAGUCCUUUGAUCCACUGAGAAUAAAAUUAAAAGAUCAUACAUGAAUUAAAGAAAGAAAGAAAAAAAAACAUUUGUUUCAAAUCCACAUGUAUGAACAGAAAGAAUUAUAGCUUUCAGGGGAUGAAAUACAAAACCUUAAACAUAUGUUUAAAAAAUUAUGUACAAAGAACAUAUAACUAUGUUUAAAGUACAAUGAAUAAGAAAAAUAUGUACUAUUAAUGUGGACAUUUGAAAGAUGUAGAAAAAACAAUAUGGGAGGAAGUUACAACUAAAGGGAAAGGAGUGAAAAAAUGAUGGAAGAUUAAGAGAUAUGAAUAUCUCUUUAAUAUUCAGAGCCAAGUUAUCAAUGCUCUUUGAAACAUUGAAUUUGAUUUAAACAUUUAAAUAAUUAAGAAUUAAAAAAAAUCAAACAGUUUGGAUGCAUUUCUUUCUUUUUUUAAUUCACAGAUUACUUUUGAAAUAAUAUGUCUCAUUAAAUUCUAGAAUUUGUGUACACAUAAAGACAUAUCUUACCUCUGACCCUCUGAUAUGGGAAUUCUAAAAAGUACUGUGAAUUUAAUUAGCUAUGUCUAAAAAUUCUAAUAAGAAUCAAACUUUGUCUUUUUUGUUUGCUUUAUAUAUAUGCAUAUAUACGUAUGUUUGCUAUAUAUAUGUAUAUAUGCAUGUGUAUAUAUGUUAGAUUGUCUUGUUUACAACAACUAAAGUUAUUUUUGGACCACCCAGUAUUCCAAAUCAAUUUUUAAAAAUUACAUAGUUAUCCCAGUUGGUGGGAGGGAAGUAUAUUAAAUAACGUAAACCUGAAAGACUUCUGGUGAAAAAUACUUAAGAAUAAAUGGGACAGUUAAAAUUUAUUUCAUUUCAAGGAUUCCUAUCCUUAAUCUUUAGACUUCUUUUGAAAUUUGUUUGUGUUUGUAUUUUUGUGUAUAUUUGAAAUUGGUUAAAAAUUACUGCUUCAUUAGAUAAGGGCUUUGAUGGGACCAGUUAUGACUUCUCACUUACACUCCUGUUUCACGUUCAUACUAACCGCCCCACCCCGGCCGCUGCCACCAAGAAAGGGAACGUGGCUUACAUUAGAGUUCUUGUCCCUGAAAUUAUGUUUAUUAUCUCACUUCCUGUUCCCAUUGCUUCCUAGCCACUGUUUUCAUUUUUGGAAAAUUUUUAUAUACAUGAACUAUUUUCCACCUCUCUGAUACAUUUCCAAAAGAGACCUAUAUUGGGUACUUGUUACGGAUGGAAUUGUGUCCCCCAGAAAUGUGUGUCAACUUGGCUAGACCAUGAUUCCCAGUAUUGUGUGGUUGUCUACCAUUUUGUCAUCUGAUGUGAUUUUCCUAUGUGUUGUAAAUUUUACCUCUAUGAUGUUAACGAGAUGGGAUUAAUGGCAGGUAUGUUAAUGAGGCAGGACUCAAUCUAUAGGAUUAAGUUGCAUUUUGAGGUGGGAAAGAAAGAAGAGAGCAGAGGGGAGAGGGACCUCAUACCACCAAGAAUGAAGAACCAGGAGGAGAUCUCAUCCUUUAGAACAAAUGUCCCUGCUCUGAGAAGCUCCUAUACCAGGGAAAGAUUGAUGACAAGGAUCUUACCCCAGUGCCAAUAGAGAGAGAAAGGUUUCCCCUGGAGCUGGCACCCUGAAUUCAGACUUCUGGCCUCCUAGGCUGUGAGAAAAUAAAUUUCUCUUUAUUGAAGUUAUCCACUUGUGGUACUUCUGUUAUAGCAGCACUAGAUAACUAAGAUAGUAGUACAGAAGACUGGAAAUAAGAAAACAUACCGCUCCCAACUCUCUUCUCUCUGACAUUAUGUUAAUGUGUUAUUGAAUGCUGCCCUGCAAAAUAUUGAUGUGCUGAUUUGUUGAUCAGUAAGAUGAGCAUGCUUGAACUCCUUGGCUAAGGGGCACAAGCUCUCCCUACUGGUCUUCAUUACUGUUCUAUAGGCUCCCUUUAAGCCGCCACCAUGAUUUUCCCACUGAUUUUUUUUAUCAUUAUUAUUCCAGCUAAUAGUUUGACUAUUUUCCAAAAGACAAACUUGAUAUUAUUUUAAUAAAGUACACACUGGGUGUCUUUUAGUCAUCUAGUGCUGCCAUAACAGAAAUACCACAAGUGGAUGGGUUUCACAAAGAGAAAUUUAUCCUCUCACAGUCUAGUAGGUUACAAGUCCAAAUUCAGGGCGUUGGCUGCAGGGGAAAGCUUUCUCUCUUUGUAGGCUCUGAAGAAAGGUCUUUGUCAUCAAUCUUACCCUGCCCAAGAAGCUUCUCAGACUUCCAAAGGAUGCACUGCUCCUAGUGCAGCUUUCUUGGUAGUAUGAGGUCCCCAACUCUCUCUUGCUUCCCCUUCCUGUUAUCUCUUGAGAGACAAAAGGUGAUGCAGGAUGCACCCCAGGGAAACUCUACCUUGGCUCAGGAAGGUGACCUGAGAAAGGGUGGUGUGACAAUUCCACCCUAAUCCUUUCUACAUAAAAUUACAAUCUCAAAAUGGAAGACAAUCACACAAUACUGGGAAUCAUGGCCUAGUCAAGUUGACCCUUAUUUUUUGGGGACACAAUUCAAUACAUGACAACUGGCAAUAUUCUGAGGUUUUUCUUCCUAGGAAGCUCCUACUUAUCUUUUCUUAUCAAUUUAAAAGUCAUUUCUCUAUGAAAAUUUUGCUGAAUACUUCUAUCUCAAAUUCUGGACAUUUUCUUUCUUGUGCUACCACUGAAACUUUCCAUACAGUUUAGGUAUUUGUUUUUACUCUUUUUACAAUGUUUGGUAAUUCAAUGUUGAAGAUUCAUCUAUCCAGGUCCUCUGAUUUUUCUAAACUAAUUGUAGAUUUAAUGCUAAAACCAUUGUCACUACUUUUUGUACUCUAGUUUUCAAUAAAAAGUUUCAUUAACUCCUGACACAGGAGAACACUGGCAACAUACUAAUACAAUACAAUAUGAUUUUAAAGACCUUAAGGACAAAGUCUUUAGUUUUCUAAGACCUCAUACAGUGAUCAGUUUUAAUCAGAAAAGAAAUUUUCUCUUUUAUUCUCUUCCCGCCUUGGCAUUUAUUUGACUGUGAACAGUAAUUACCCCUAUUUACGAUGAGAUUAAAAUAACCAAAUGAGCAUUUUAGAGCGAAUGCAUGGAAAUACAGGGAGGAAAAGAAAUUAAAAAUGAUGCUGAGGAGGAGUGGAAAGAUGGAAAAUUUGGUACGGUAUAUAACAGAAGACAUAAGAAUAAGAGUUCACUAAGGUAUGUUCCUAAAUUCUUACUAGUUUCAUUCUCCAAUAGCUGUUCUCCCAUUAUAACUAUUUUAAUUUCUAUCAAUGAGUAUACAUUCUGAAUUCAUAGGAUGUAUUUUUUUUUAGUAUAUUACAUACUUCACAAUAACUAUAAGAAAAUGAUUAUAUUUUUACAAAAAGAGAUUGUUAACCCCGAGCAAACAUAAAGAAGAUAUUCUCUGAGAAAGUAGACAUUCUAACAUACAACCUAACUUGUUGGUUCCUCAAAUAGAAAGAUGUUUAAACAGCAAAGUUUAAACCACGCUCUCAUCCACCUGCCCCCUCCCCCAAUGUAACCAAUUCAUAUUGUCUAUUAUGCAAUAGAUCCCUGGCAUUCACAAUUAGAACAUAGCCAGUUUGGACUGUUUACUUGCAAUCUUGAAAGCCCCGCAUUUGAUGGUUUGAUGGGAAUGUUUAUUUUUAAUUUUUGUGAGGUUGAUGAGUGAAAGAGACUCACUUAACUAGUAAAUCAACACAUUUAAACACUAUUCUUAUGUUUGAAUUUUAUGACAUACAUUAGUGAAUCUCAAAAAGUAAUGUAGAGUUUGCAAAACUAAAAGAAAAUUAACAAUAUUGAUAAAAUGAGCAAAAAGACAGUGCAAAAAAUGUUAGAAAGUUAGAGUUCUUAGAAAAAUAAGUAAUUUUAAAUGACAUUAGUCUAAAUUCAGAGAAUUAACUAUCUUAAACGUGUCAUUUAAAUUUUUCAUUCAUAGCUUAAUUCAUUAUAUAUCAGAAAUUUUAUUCUAUAAAGAGAUUUGGAAACUUUAAAAUAUGUUGGGGUGUAUACACUAUGAGUUGGAACCAACUAACAACAACAACAACAUACUUCUCAAAUGCCAAAAGCCUAAUAGAUUUAUAAAAAAUGCAGUUAGAGACUUGGAGUGAAAUAUUAGUGAAAAUUUCUAAGCAUGAAUUUCAUGUACUUUUAUAUUAACAUAUUUCUUUCAAGGGAAUAAAAACUACAUUUUAUGUGAAAUAUCUUCUACCUGUGGUGCCUUAACUUCUUGGUGGGCCUGUGUCUAGUUUUCUGCAAAUCCAUCUUCUAACCAAAUGGCUACCAGCACUGCUAAUCCCGACUUUGUGUAGACAGGCACAUUCUCCAAAUCUCAUUAUGUCAAACCUGAAACAAAACACAGAAAGAAGGCCAAAGAAUGAACAGGCACUGGAAGGAUAGGAGAAAAAGUUUCCUUUGCUAUAGUCUCUUACUCUAACCCAAUAUCAUGAGGCUAGAAUAUAAAGCGAACUGAAUUCACGUACUUCCCCUGGCCUAUAAGGUAACUUUAUAAACUCAAAAACUUAUUACCUAUAUGGCCAAGAAGUGUAAGAUUUAUUGUCAAACAUAUUUCAAAUCUAUAUUAUAAAAUAUUUUAGUUUUUCAGUAUCUCUAGACCUCAACGUUAUCAUGUAUAAAAUAGAGAUAAAUAUAUCCACUUCUCAGUUUUUUUUGUGGACAUCAAACAAUAGAAUGACCAUGAAGCAUUGUGUUUGGCAUAUUAUAGGUAUUGAGUACUUUGUAAUACAGUUUCUACUCUGAGCUCAUUCCAGACUAUACUACAAAGGAAGCUUCUAGGAGAAUGGUUAUGUAUGGAUCUCUCCAUGGUAGGAAGGGGCUCUGAGCCUAGCUCUAGGUGUGUAAAUGAUAUACCCAGGACUUACCAACCACUGUAUACUGUUCCAUCUAUUCACUUCCAAGCCUCUCCUCAUUGUCUGCUCAGUCCAAUCCAAUAUUCAGAAUGGUCAGAAUAUCGUUUCAGGAAAUCCUUUAAUAAAGUAUAUUUACAGACUGAAAAAAAAAAGGAGUCCUGGUGGUACAGUGGUUAAAGUAUUCACAUGCUAAUCAAAAAAUUGAGAGUUUAAACCCACCAGCCUCUCUGCUGGAAAAAGAUGUGGCAGUCUGCUUCUGUAAACCUCGGAAACUUUAUGGGGCAGUUCUACUCUGUCCUAUAGGGUCUCUAAGAGUCGAAAUCAACUUGUGGAAAUGAGUACAGGCUGAAUACAAAAUACCUCAUCCUCUAGGAUUUUCCUUUCAUCCUAUUCAGUAUACUGUUUAUGGAAAUACAGACUUUCCUGUUUGGAAAUGAUCUGAGAGGGCACACUGUCCUUGUCUGGUUCAUGGGUUGUGUUAUUUCUGUGACAAUUUCGGUAGUAAAUUGCAUUGAGUAGCUGUCCCUCUUUUUCUAUUCUGCAAUAGUUUUUAUAAAUCAGAAAUUUUCUGUUCUGUGAAGGGUUGGUCAAAUUUGCUAGUAGAUCUCUCUAGGUUUGGUGACUUUUAGGAUGGGUGAAUUUUUGGUUAAUAAUAAAAUGUGUUGAAUAGUUAUUGGUUCUUUCAGGUUCUUCAUAAUUCAUUCUGAUAUGUUAUAGUUAAGACACUUAUCCAUUUCUUACAAGUUUUCAAUUUAGUGGAAUAAAAUUCUUUCAGUUUUGAAAAACUAGUUAUAUGCAUUCAAGUUAAUGUGGUUGUUAGUUGUCAUUGAGUUGAUUCCGAUUCAUGGUGACCCCAAGUGUUACAGAGUAAAACUGGGCUCCAUAGUGUUUUCACCAGGCAUGUCUUCCGAGACACAUCUAAGUGGGUCUUUUCUGUACCAUUCCUAACCCCAGGGUGUACGCUCCAUAUCAGCUAUAACUUCUGGAAUGGUAACUACAGGUCAAAAGUAUUACCUUACCAGUUCUUUCAUGGUGUUGAAUACUGCAAGAGUUGCUGCAUGAGAGGCACCGAAGUUCUGACUGGAUGCCCAAGUUGUUGUAUUUUCAGAAAAAUAGAAGCACUUUCUUUGGUAACCAAUCCAGUCAUCCAGGCAUGAAAUGUGUUCAGUGAAAGAUCUGUUUUUUCCAACUAAAAUAAUUUAAUAGCAUAUUAAGAGCUGAGGGGGUGGAGGGCCUUUUAUUUUCUUCUGAGACAUAGAAUUAAUUUUAAACAUUUAACUUUUUAGAUGACCUUGUCAUUGCAAGGCACACAACCAGAGAGAUCAAAUGUUUUCCAUCAUGAGCUUAAUUUUUAUUCUAUCAACAUAGCCAUCUACUAGAAGUAGAGUAGAAAAAUAUACCAACAUUUAUAUAAAAGUGUAUGGUUUACAGCAAGUUAGUUCACAGGCUACCUACUCUUUCUGUUUUACCAAUCCAUGGUGAGAUAAGGGACUUGUGGCAGAAAGUAAAUGAACUAUAUCAUCAAAUGUGCUGUUCAUCUGAUAAAUUUUUAAAGCAGAACUUUCUUGAUGAAGGAAGCAGUAUGAUGACUUACAUUUUGCCACAGAUCCUUACCUUGUAAAAACUAUGGUUAAUACUAGUUUGAAGGGAAACUUUGUAUAUAUUAACUCAUUUUUAUCCUCACAACAGUGCCAUGUGAUAUUUAGUACAGAUAUUAUUCUCAUUUACAGAAGUAACAUAUGCUUGUUCCAUGUACAAAUGUCAGGAUUAAAUACGGUUAGAAAUUACCCCCUGAUACUUCUGCUACGGUAAGCAUACAAAGGUGAAAUACCCUAUGUUCACAAAGAUGAAAUAUCUCUAUAGGAGAGCUAGCAUGAACGUAUUUAAGAAUUGGGAAACUCACCUGCUAAAAUCACAGCCAGUCUAGUUAUAAGAAUCACCAGAAAGGAGAUUAGGAUGGUCAUUUUAGAGACACAAAACUUCUUUUUAUUUGUUUUUGCAGGUUCUUGUGACUCUGUAGUAAGGCUGGAAGAGAUAGUGUCACCUAUUAAAAAUAAAACAAAACAGUUCUUCAUUACUAAUAAGUCACUUAAAAAAUGUUCAGAAUGUAGGAUCAAUAUUUUUUAAAAAAACCUGAUGUUAUUUCUGUACACUGGCAAUGUCGAUUGAAAUUAAAAGCAAUACCAUUCAUAAUAGCAUAAAAUAUUAAAUACUUAUGAAUAAACCUGACAAAAGGUAUGCAAGAUACAAGGCUUUUAGACUGAAAACUACAAAUCAUUUCUGAGAGAAAUUAAAGAUGUAGGUAAAUAGAUUGUUCUCAUGAGCCAGAAGACACAAUAUUAUUAAGACAUUAGCUCUAGCCAAAUUCAUCACAAUCCCAAGAAAAAUCAAUAUAUAUAUGUAUAUUUGUGGUAGAAAUUGGAAAUAGAAAACUCAUAUGAAAAUGCAAAGACCUAAUACAGCCAAAACAAAUUGGAAAAAUAAAAAACAAAGUUGGAGGACCAGUGCUUUCUGAUUUCAAGACUUAUUAUGCCUAUAACAAUCAAUACAGUAUGGUACUGAUGUAAAGAUAGACAAAUAGAGUUCAGAAAGAUACCCACAAAUGUAUGAAUACCUGAUUUUUGGCAAAGAUGCAAAAGGAUCAUAUCAGUAAGCAGUGCUGGAGAAAUUGGAUAGCCAUAUGCAAAAAAAUGACCUCCUGGCCAUACCUCACCCUACACACAAAAAUUAAUUCAAAAUGGAUGAUAGACAUAAAUAUAAAACCUAAAACUACAAAAUUUCUAGAAGAGAACAUAGAAAUGAGUUGUGAUCUUGGGUGAGGCAAUGAUAUUUUCAAUUCAACACAAAAGGCACAACCCAUUAAAAAAUGAUAAAUUGUACUUCCUCAAAAUUAAUAACUUCUGCUCUUCAAAAGACAGUGUUAACAAAAUGAAAAGACAAGCCAGGGACUGGGAGAAAAAUAUUUACAAGUCAUAUCCAGAGUAUAUAAAGAACUCUCAAUCUUGAACAAGGAAACACACAACUCAGUAAAAAUAUGGCUGCAAAAGUUGAACAGACGCUUCACGGAAGAAGACAUACAGAUGUCAAAUAAACACAGAAGAUGCUCUUCAUUGGUAGUCAUUAGGAAAACAUAAAAAUUUAGAAACUACUACAUACCUAUUAGAAUUAAUAAAAUGAAAAUGUCUGAUCCUUUCAAGUGCCAGUAAGGAUGUGGGAGAACUAGAACUCUCAGAUACUGUGGGUGGAAAUGUAAAAUGGUGCAACUACUUUGGAAAUAGUUUGGAGGUUUCUUAAAAAGCCACCUGUACACCUAUAAUAUGAUUCAUCCAGUCUAACCACAAGUAUUUUCCUAAGAGAAAUGGAACAUAUGUACAUACAGAGACUUGUACAUAAAUUUGUAUGGCAGCUUUAUUUGUAAUAGUCCCGAGCUAAAAACAAUCAAAUGUCCAUCGAUGGAUGAAGGAAUAAAUAAACUGUGGUUCUUCUCUACAAUGGAUACUCAGCUAUUAAAACAGGAAUGAACUAUUGAUCUCACAACAACAUGGAUGCAUCUUAAAAUCAUUACGCUGAAUAAAAAGCAGUCAUACAAAAAUGAAUAUAUACUGUAUGAUUCCAUUUAUAUAAAAUUCCAGAAAAUGUCAACUGACCUAUAGUGACAGAAAGCUGAUCUGAGGUUAUCUCAGGGAGGGUGUGCUGAAAGGGGCAGGAGGAAGUGAUUGCAAUGGGGCACAAGGAUACUUUUGGCACAGAAGGGUAUUUUGUUACCUUGAUUGUGGUGAUGGUUUCAUGAGUGUAUUGGAAAAAAAAAAAAAAAAAAACCCAAAAACCAAACUCACUGCCGUGUAGUCAAUUCUGACUCAUAGCGACUCUAUAGGAUGAAAUAGAACUGCCCCUAGGGUGUUUCUAAGGCAAGGCUGUAAUCUUUAUUGGAGCAGACUGCCAUAUCUUUCUCCUGAAGGGAGGCUGGUGGGUUUGAACUGCUAAAAUUUUGGUUAACAGCCAAGCACUUUAACCACUGUGCCACCUUUCGUGGGUGUAUACAUAUGUCAAAACUUAUUAAACUGUACACUUUAAAUAUGUGUAUUUUGUUGUAUGCCAAUUUUACCUAAAUAGAGCUGUAAAAAUUUGUACAAAAAUCAUUUGUCCUUUACUCACAUAGUUUGGAUCUGUUUAUAAGAUGCUGUGUAUGGAAUGCUAAACAUAAUUUGACGUUGAUAGAAGAGAUGGAAAUCAUUGAGAUGCCUCCUCUUUUAGAUGGGUUAGUAUUCAGAACGGAGAGCGGAGAGGCACCAAAAGUAACUUGCUUUCCUUCACAAAUAGCAUAUAUAGCCUGUCAUACUCGUCCUUCUUGCCUGGAGACAAGGACUCUUCUGCAUAUUUGAGCAUUAUCUCCUUUCCUGUCUCUUGUCAAGUGAAAAAUGCAGACUGGGAGUAGUGAACACACUGGAUUCAGGAUCCCUGCCCACUACUCGAAUUUUGCUUCAGCAGUGUAUAGGAAGACAAUCUAAAAUGAAAAUACAACGUUAACGUAAAAAAAAUAUGACAAAUAUUUCUCAGAAGUCUGACUAAUCACGUAACUCCUUUCCUUUUGACACAUACCAGUAAAAAAAAAAAAAAAGACUUGUUGAGUUGAUUCCAACUCAUGGUGACCCAGUGAGUUACUGAGUAGAACUUUGCUCCGUAGGGUUUUCAGUGGUUGAUUUUUUCAGGAGAUUGCCAGGCCUCUUAUUUGAGGAGCUUCUGGGUGGAAAUGAACCACCACCCAAAAUUCAUUAUAUUCCACUAGAGUUCAAGUGGCCACUGGAGGUGAUUAUAGACUCUGAAGUAAUUGGGAGGUGAGGUUCAGUGGUUUAUGAAGUCAAUAGAUUGGGUCCCCACACCAUCAUCCUGACUUACCAAAAUUUUUAGUUAAUUUUGACCUUUAUGAGUUCCAUCCAAAGAUCGAAAUCUAGAUGAUUUCAUCAUAAAGUAACAAUUUAGACCUCAGUGAAAAGCUCAUAAAUUUAUUGUAAUAAAGAUAUUUCUGGAAGAAUAAUAUCUAGUGUCUAUUGUGUGCUUGCAAUAUAUUAGGUCUAGGUCAGAGUUUUUAACUUACAUGAUUUCAUUUAAACAUACAAUAAUAUUGUCAAGUAGGAGCUGUUAUUAUGUCUAAUUUACAGACAUGGCAACAAGACACAGAGGGAUUAAAUAACGUUCUUAAAGUAACACAGCCAAUAAAUGGCGGAGUGUGGCUAUUAGCUGGCUCUGUUCACUUAACCACUCUGCUAUACUCUACUGCUUCUCUCUGGUCAGGCUCAUGACAUCAGUGUUCUCAAGAGCAGAACUUCCACUUCCAGAAACAUGAAAACAAGCCUCAUGUUCCACAAAAAUGUGUUGUGUUAUUGACAUUGUGCCACGAUGAUUACAAUUAGUAAUAUCAUUUGAUAUAGGUAAUAAUAAACACAAGGAAGCCUACAUUUCAAAGUGACCUGCAUAAGAAAUAAACAGGAAAAAAAAAAAAGUAAUGGGUUGACUUUUUUAAGCUGUGUUAUAAGGUACUCGGUUUUCUCUACUUAGGUAUUUUGAAAUUUUUUAAAAUAUUAGUUCCUAUCUCCACAACACUGUUUUUAGGAGUCGAACAGGUUGUGUGUGUGUGUGUGUGUGUGUGUAUGUGUGUGUGAAAAAAGAGAGAGAGAGGGAGAGAAAGCUAUGACUAUAUUUUUCAGACCUUUACCAAUAGUACAAAUUGCUCCAAUGCCUAAUAAAACUUUAUAUGCUAUUCUAAAAAACACAAUUUUUGCUUUUAUACCAGUUAGCUAUUACCACAUUAAUGCUAUAUUACAAACUAUACCCAAGACUCUGGCUAACAACAGCAUUUCACUCACCAGUCUUUGUGCUGGCUUGGAAAAAAAUCAAGCUGGCGGCUAUGUGGCUCCACCUCUAGCUAUGAGUCUGGCUGUGCUUGUCUCCUUGCAAGCAUGUUUUACUGAGGAGCAGAAUAUGUAGGCUAACCUGGAACCACUUCUCACGGAGACAUCAGAGAUGUAACAGAGUAAGCGGGAUCACUCAGGUUCUUUUCAAGUCACUAUUUAUAUCCCAUUGGCUUAAGCGUACAUUGUGGCUGAUCACCAAGUCAAGGAACAGGAAAGUACACUUCUGGUGAGGGGAAUUGCAAAAUUGCAUGGCAAAAGACUUGAAUACAAGAGCGGAAAUUGGGGCCAUUAAUUAUCAUACCUCAGGUUGCUGUAGUAAUUCUUAAGAGCUCCUAGCCAAAACUCUGCUUUGCUCAUUUUUUUAAUCAGUCUCUUAGAUAUGUUUAUCUAUCUAUCAUCUAUCUCUCUAUCUAUUAUCUAUCUACCUAUUUACCUAUCAGCUACCUAUCAUCUACCU